AUGAGAUUACCUUGGUCCAAGAAAAAUGCAGAUCUUGAACCUACAACCGGUGAAUAUCCAAAAGACUCCAACAUCAUUGAAAAGAAAUUGGGUCUUAGUAAGAAGGGAGCCAUUUUCGCUGCUAUCAAACUUCAUGAUGAAAAGGGAGCAUCGCUCUUCUCCGAUGGUUACGCCAAUGCCGCUAUCGGUCCCGCAGGAACAAUCAUCAAAACUUACAUAUACGCGGAUACAUUCAAGAACAAUCCUGUGAAUGGAAGGUUGUUGCCUGCCAUUGCUUUCGCUGGUAUCAUUGUUGGUCAAUUGAGUUUUGGUUGGAUCAGUGAUAAGAUUGGAAGAAAAUUCGGUAUGCUUCUCUGUACCGGCAUCGUCUUUGUGUUUUCAGCUCUUCAAGCGGCUUCAAAGGGUCCCGGAGAUCAAGGAACUAUCAAUGCUUUGUUAGCCUAUCGAUUCCUCGUUGGUAUUGGUAUUGGUGGUGAAUAUCCCACUGGUUCAGUAGCUGCUGCCGAAAACACCGAAGAUCCUGACAUUCCCAAAAAGACACAACAAAGGUUAUUCGUUUUGGCUACCAACACAAUGAUUGACUUUGCUUUCGUCAUCUCCUACUUCGUUUGUCUCGUUUGUUUAUGGAUCUUCGGCAUGAACCACCUGAAUGCCGUCUGGAGAAUUACACUUGGAUUGGGUGUGGUACCUCCCAUGUUCUUGUUCUACUUCCGAUUGAAGAUGAAAGAGCCUGAAGCAUACGCUAAGAACUCCAUGAGACAUACCUCUAUUCCUUAUUGGUUGAUUAUCAAGAGAUAUUGGGUGAAACUCGCUGCUGUAUCCAUCACCUGGUUCUUAUACGAUUGGAUCACCUAUCCAUUCGGUUUAUACGCUACGCCUAUCACUGAUGUAGCCGAUCCUAACGGUACUUUAUACACCUCCAUUGGAUGGGGAACACUUAUCAAUUUCUUCUACGUUCCCGGUACUUUAGCUGGAGCCUUUGUGGUAGAUUAUCUGGGUCCCAAAUACACCAUGAUCUUUGGUUUGUGUUGUCAAGCUUUGAUCGGUUUCAUCCUCUCAGGUACUUACAAUUUGUUGACUGAACCUGGACGAAUUGCUGGAUUCGCCAUUCUUUAUGGUCUUUUCUUAUCUUUCGGUGAACUUGGUCCUGGAAACAACCUCGGUCUUCUAGCUUCAAAAGCUAUCGGCCCUACAGCUACCAGAGGCCAAUUGUACGGUAUUGCAGCUGCUGUUGGAAAGGUUGGAGCUUUCAUUGGAACUUAUACUUUCCCUCAAAUCCAAGCCAGUUUCGGUGCUCCUGGAUCAUACGGAAACAGUACCGGUGUGUUCUGGUUGGGUAGUGGAUUAGCUCUCGUUUCAGCAGCUAUCACUCUGGUCUUCAUCCCCAAUAUCAAACCUGAUGCCAUGCACGACGAGGAUAUUCUCUUCAGGGAAUAUUUGGAAGCUAACGGGUACGACACUUCUCAAAUGGGUCUUAAAGAUACCGUCAACGACAUUGAGGGAUCUCAAAUUCAUAAGACUGGUAAAAUUGGAGAUAAAGAGACUGAAGCUGUCACAGCGACUCCAGUUCGUUAA